GGUCUCCCAACACUCCGAUCCGGGUCUGGGCUGGAAGUUGUGUGUCUGGAGCCGCCGGGGGGAUCCUGCAGCCCCGCCGGGAUCUGCAGCGCGGGACUCGGCUUCGGAGCGCGUCGAUGCCAUGAUCCCGAGGUGAGCCGGCGUCCUGCAGCGUUUUUCUGUGCAUCCCUUCCAAACUGCUGACCGAGGAGUACAAAAUGUCUGCUGCUAACAUCAGCCCGCUGGCCCUCGCCCUGCUGCUCCUCUUGCCCUUGGGCUCGGACCAGCAGGUUCCCUCCAACUGUGUGAUCAAGAGGGAACAGGAGAAAUGUUUGGACAUGAUGGCAUCAGAGCUUUCUAACACAGAAUUUGACUGCCCCUGGUUUUGGGAUAAUCUGACGUGUUGGCAGCCAGCGAAGCUCGGUGACGUGGUGGAAGUCAACUGUCCCGAACUCUUCUCUCAGUUCAUGAGUGAGGAAGACUACGGACUGGGCAAAGUGAGCCGUAACUGCACCGAGUUCGGCUGGUCUGAGACCUUCCCCCACUACAUCGACGCCUGCCUGUACGAGGAGGGAAACAGCAGCCACCCGGACUUGUACUACGUGUCGGUGAAGGCUCUGUACACUGUGGGCUACAGCACAUCUCUGGUUUCUCUCACCACUGCCAUGGUCAUCCUCUGCAGGUUCAGGAAGCUGCACUGUACCAGGAACUUCAUCCACAUGAACCUCUUUGUGUCGUUCAUCCUGCGAGCUAUUUCUGUCUUCAUCAAAGACGGCGUGCUGUACGCCGAGGAGGACAGCGAUCACUGCUUCAUACACACUCUGGAGUGUCGAGCGGUGAUGAUAUUCUUCCACUACUGCGUCCUCUCCAACUACUUCUGGCUCUUCAUCGAGGGUCUGUACCUCUUCACUCUGCUGGUGGAGACCUUCUUCCCCGAGAAGAGAUACUUCUACUGGUACAUCAUCAUUGGCUGGGGAACCCCGACGGUGUGCGUGACCAUCUGGGCGGUGCUGAGGCUGCACUUCGAUAACAUGGGGUGCUGGGACAUGAACGACAACGCUGCCAUCUGGUGGGUGAUAAAGGGACCCGUACUGGCAUCCAUCAUGAUCAACUUUGUGCUCUUCAUCGGCAUCAUCGUCAUCCUGGUGCAGAAGUUGCAGUCUCCAGAUAUUGGAGGGAAUGAAUCCAGUAUUUACCUGAGGCUGGCCCGCUCCACGCUGCUGCUCAUCCCCCUCUUCGGGAUCCACUACACUGUGUUCGCCUUUUCUCCUGAGAACGUCAGCAAGAGGGAGCGUCUGGUGUUCGAGCUCGGCCUCGGAUCCUUUCAGGGCUUCGUGGUGGCCGUCCUCUACUGCUUCCUGAAUGGAGAGGUGCAAUCGGAGAUCAAGAGGAAAUGGCGCAGCUGGACGGUGAACCGGUACUUUGCUGUGGACCUGAAGCACCGGCAUCCUUCGCUGGCGAGCAGCGGGGUGAACGGGGGAACGCAGCUGUCCAUCCUCAGCAAGAGCAGCUCGCAGAUCCGCAUGUCCAGCCUGCAGGCCGAGACCCCGGCCACCUGAGCGCCGCCGCCGACCCCGCUCUCAUCCCCAUGACCACCUUCGCCGACCCGUACCCGGAACCGCCCCUGGAUGACGUCACCAUGGAAACCCAACUGAACUGCAGCGACCCAGAACAGCCGCUCGUCU